CUAUUAGUUAAAAAAAAAAAAAAAUGGCCGACGAGGUAAGGGAAACAAACACAGUUGUUGAAGAAAGCGACGUCAAAGAGGAACCCAAAGUUUUGGAAGUUCUUCCAGACAGCCACCCUGUUGGCAUUAGUAGCGAUGAAGAGGCGCCAAUAGACAAACCGGCGACCGAGAGCAAUUGGUCAACACCAAUCCUGUCGCUGGCACGGAAGGCGACCGAGACGAUAAGCAGUGGGGUCAGCUACGGUGCAGCUUUGAGAAACGCAACAUCGUCGGGAUCUGCCGCUAGCUCUCCUACCAGUCCGACUAAACAAAAGUCUACCGAGAAUGACACCAACCAAUACCUACCAGCAGUGAAGGACCAUAUGGCUGUGGAGCGCUCCAACCUGUUCAGUAUGAUGAAGCUGAGUAUUAAGGGUCUGAUCCAGUCUUCUCUGAGUCUGGGCAGAACCCUGGACUCUGACUACCCACCUCUGCAGCAGUUCUUUGUGGUUCUGGAGCAGUGCCUCAAACACGGACUGAAAGUGAAGAAGUCAUUCAUCAAUCAGAAUAAGUCUAUUUGGGGUCCUCUGGAGCUGGUUCAGAAGCUGUGUCCGGAUUCUACUGAUAUUACCACCAGUGCCAGAGACCUGCCAGGCCUAAAGACUGGGUUGGGUCGGGCUCGGGCCUGGCUGCAUCUGGCCCUGAUGCAGAAGAAGUUGUCUGACUACCUGAAAGCCCUGCUGGACCGUAAGGACAUCCUAGGUGAGUUCUACGAUCCAGGAGCGUUGAUGAUGGAGGAGGAGGGGACAGUGAUAGGAGGGAUGCUGGUGGGGCUAAACGUCAUUGAUGCUAACCUCUGUAUCAAAGGAGAGGACCUGGACUCCCAGGUGGGGGUCAUAGACUUCUCCUUGUACCUGAAGGACCCUAUGACCACUGAGACCACUAAGGAUGAUGCUAAGUUGACGGCCAUAUUGGACCAGAAGCACUACAUCGAGGAGCUGAACAGACACCUGAGCUGCACCGUCACUGACCUGCAGGCCAAGAUGGACUCCAUAGAGAAGACCAACAGCAAGCUCAUUGAGGAGCUGACAGCAGCGACAGACAGGAUCAACUCUUUACGGGAGGAACAGGAAACCCUGAGACAUGAGAAUGAGACCAUCGUCCAGAGCAGUCAGAAGAAAGAGGAGGCGACCCUGGAGGACAGUGCAGUAGAGCUGGAGACAUACAGACAGACACGACAGGGCCUGGAUGAGAUGUACAGUGUGGUGUGGAAACAGUACCAGGAGGAGAAACGCAUCAGACAGGAGUUGGAGAGGGAGCUGAAGCUGCAGGUAGGACUAAAGCAGGAGAUGGAGAUGGCCAUGAGGCUGCUGGAGAAAGACACACAUGAGAAACAGGACACACUGCAAGCCCUCCGACAACAACUAGACCAGGUCAAAACCCUCAACCUGCAGAUGUUCCAUAAGACACAGGACUGUGAGCGCGAGGCCCAGAGGAAGGAGGAGGAAGAGGGACAACUGGAGGAGAAGAUGAACCAGAUGGAGACCACCAUUAAAGAGAUGGAGCACAGACUGCAGAACUCUGAGCGUGAUCGAAGACAGAGUGACCAGACAGAGAGAGACAUGAGGACCGAGUUGGAGGGCAGAGUAGACUCCCUACAGAAACAGCUGUCUAACCUGGACACACUGAGGCUGGGUCUGGAGAGUGAUCUGCGCAGUGAAAAGGAGCAGAGACAGGCCAUUCAGAGAGCUCUACAGAGAGAACAGGACAACAGCACCGAGCUACGCACCCAACUACAACAGAUACAGGGGCUACACACGGAGCUGCAGGAAGUUCGUCAGGAGAAGAAGCAGCUCCAGCUGACCUGUCAGGAGCAGGAGACGGCCUUACAGGAGAUGGGCCUACACCUCAGCCAGUCUAAACUGAAGAUGGAGGAUUUCAAAGAGGUCAACAAAGCCCUGAAGGGCCAAGCCUGGCUGAAAGACGAUGAGGCUACACAGUGUAAACACUGUCAGAAGGAGUUCUCUAUCGCUCGCAGAAAGCACCACUGUAGGAACUGUGGAGAUAUCUACUGUAACAGUUGUUCUAGUAAUGAGUUGGCCCUGCCCUCCUACCCUCGACCUGUACGGGUCUGUGACAUCUGCCACUCCCUACUGCUGCAGAGGAGCACCUCUUCCACCUCCUCUUGACACACACAAGUAGACCCUCACACACUCCUCUUGACACACACAAGCAGACACUCAAUCUUUCUUCUCUCUAGGCUGUGCUCAAAGCCCACAGUACUCUUGGUCAUUGAGAACACAUUUUAAUCCAAUUUGAGCAGGAGAUUUGGUGUGAGCUAUAAAGUUGUUUCGCAACUUACCUGAAAAUCGGGAUCUUUGGGCACGGUUGACUUUUGAACUGUAGAGGGUUCUACCCUCCUCUUGGGCUAAUACUGCCUUCUCUCUUUUAAACUCAUCUGGAGGGAUUUCACUAAAUAAGAUCAAUAAACAAUAGUGAGUCAGUGGGGCUAAUUGUUCAUUGUUACAAACUCCAUUCCCAGUUAUACUCCAUAUAUACCCUCUAAGAUGCCACAUUUAAAAUGAUAGUUGUCGUUGAAGGGAGCCACAGGGUAUUGGAACAUCAGUGUUUGUUGUAAUAUGAAUGACUGACUAUGCAACAAUCCCUCAAUUGUGGGGAAAUGUCAGAUGAACUAUUUCAAUGCUAUUAUUGAAGGUCAGUUCAAGAAAAGCAACGUUGAUUGACUUUAUUAUAGUAAUUUAGAGCAGAAGUUUUUCAUUUAGCUUUGAAAAGGUCUUAGAGCUGAUUUAUAUAGAUAGAAUCAUGUGAAAGUUUCACUUCGUGACGCAAAGGAAUGUUCUUAGACAUAUUAGUAUCUUGAUGUGUUAUUUCAGAAUGUAUAUAAUGAGUUUUAUGCAUACUAACAGCCAUUUUCGGGCCAGUCAUAUGGGGGGG